AAUUACUACAGCGUUGAUCAUCGACCCAGGGUUCUCGAGUUCAGAAUGUGUUAGGCACUAAAAACACCUCGGUUAGUUGCCGGCACGUGGCACGGUGUCCUACGCACGUGCAUGGCCCCACGGACCAUCAUCUUCAGGGCUGCGCGGCUGCCCCUCUCUGUGUUGACUGCUGUCACCAGUAUUUCGGGGGAAAAAAAAACUGCUGUCACCGACUGUUUUUUCCCCCCUUCCUCUCCGGACCUGCCCAAAACUCGCUACACGUACAAAACACACUCCAAGGCCUACAGGAAAGAAUUUUGACACAUUUCCAGAACUGCCAGGGCACCAAUUUCCCUUGCUCUUCCUCCUCCCUUCGCUAGAGGCAUAAAAAUAUUGCGAAAAAGAAUCCCACUAUCUCAUGACAUAUGAAGGAGGAGACUAGAGAAGGGGGGAGCAAUUCCACUCGGCCAUCCACAGGGCAUUCCUCCUCCCUCGCCCGUCCCAUCCAGUAGGCUCCUCCUCAUCUUCCUCCUCCCUCGGCCCUUGUUCACGCGGAAGAAUCGCUGGCGAGGAGCGCAAUUGGGAUCCUUGCAUGCAUGGAUGCGGCGCAGUGGCACCAGGGGCUAGGGCUAGGGAAGCCCAUGGAGGAGAUGCUCAUGGCUGGAAACACAAAUCCUAACCAGAACCCGAAUCCCCCGCCGGCUGCUCCCUCAGCGGCACCAGCCGCCCAGAGGGCUCCUGGCGCUCCGGCAGCAGCCGCGCCAGCGCCCGCGGCCGCGGGGGCUGGCGCCGGCACGGAGCGGCGGGCGCGGCCGCAGAAGGAGAAGGCGCUCAACUGCCCGCGGUGCAACUCCACCAAUACCAAGUUCUGCUACUACAACAACUACAGCCUGCAGCAGCCGCGCUACUUCUGCAAGACGUGCCGCCGCUACUGGACCGAGGGCGGCUCGCUCCGCAACGUCCCCGUGGGCGGCGGCUCCAGGAAGAACAAGCGCUCGUCCUCGGCCGUGUCGUCCGCGGCCACAGCCGCCGCCUCCACCUCCGCGGCGGUGUCCGGCACGAUCCCCGUGGGGCUCGCAGCCAAACACCCCAAGCUGAUGCACGAGGGCGCUCACGACCUCAACCUGGCGUUCCCGCACCACAACGGCCGCGGCCUGCACCCGCCGGAGUUCUCGGCGUUCCCGAGCCUGGAGAGCAGCAGCGUGUGCAACCCCGGGGCGACCAUGGCGGGAAACGGCGCCGCCGGCAGGGGUGUAGGCGCGCUCUCGGCGAUGGAGCUGCUGAGGAGCACCGGCUGCUACGUGCCGCUGCAGCAUGUUCAGCUAGGGAUGCCGGCCGAGUACGCGGCCGCGGGAUUCGCUCUCGGCGACUUCCGCAUGCCCCCGCCGCCGCACUCCCAGAGCGUGCUUGGGUUCUCGCUGGACACGCACGGCACGGGCGGCGUUGGCGGCGCUGGGGGUUACAGCGCCGGGCUAGGAGUGCAGGAGAGCGCGGCCGGCAGGUUGCUCUUCCCUUUCGAGGACCUGAAGCCGGCGGUGAGCGCAGCUGGGGGCGCAAACAACAAUGGAGCCGAUCAGUACGAGCACAGCAAAGAUCAAGCAGGCGACGGCAGCGGGGCCAGCGGCGUCACCACCGGCGGCCACGAGACCCCAGGAUUCUGGAGCAAUAGCAUCAUCGGGAACGGCAGCAGCAAUGGCGGCGGCGGCCCUUGGUAAGGCGGCGCGCCAUGCAUGGCGCAUGCACGCGCCGUUGUCAGCAUGUGAAGAUAGGGAUAGAGACAAGGAUCGGAGUUAAUAAGAGGUGGAGGUGAUUAUUAGUGUUCACAUAUGGCGUUUGAUCUCUCUGGUUGUUUGGUUUCUAUUUUUUUUUCUCGGUUCUUGGUGUUGUUCAUGUGUGUGGCGAUCGACUUGGGGGCUAACACAGCAGGAUAUACAGAUUAUUAAGGGUGGUGAACCGGUGAUUUACAGCUUCUCUUCGCCAAAUCGAUCUACCAUUUCUGAUCGUGUAAUCCAUUGGAGAAAGCUGUUAAUCAUGUGACAAUGUUGUGCCUGUAGAAUAUGUAUUAAUUGAGCAGCUUUUUUUUACAGUGUUCUAAGUUAAAAGCACACCGUACGGAUCACGAAGGUUUGCGUGCGUGGUACUGUGCUUUUUAAAUCUUGAUAACACGCAAGUUGAUUAGUCGUGUAUGUAUCAUUCCUGAUCGAUUAUAUUGGUUAAAACUCUUUCUUCU